ACUCCCGCUGCACCACAGCUGUAUUUUUUUUUUAAACAUUUGAACUUAAUCCGCCCCCCGCCCGGAGAGAGGAGCGGGGAGGAUUCGGGGUGAAGGCGGACUGUUUUUGGAGCGCGCCGUCAGAGCGCAGAGGAUUCUCCCACAGACCUGUCUGUCUCACAUGCAGAAUCAUCCAUAACACCCCCCACUGUCUGAUGAGACCCCGGUGGAGAGGAGGACCGGUUGUAGCAUCCUUUUCUUCUUCUUCAUCACCUCCACACUCAUCCUCCCCCUCUUCGCCACCAUGUCCUCGUCGUCGCGCAAGAUCUCCACCGGCUCUUUCAGCAGCUCCGUGGGCUCCGAUUGCGGGCUGGAGAGCCCUGGGGGAGACGGAGGGGACGGCGGGCUGGAGCCGGCUGAGGAGGUGCGGGGCUGCCCCUUCUCCUCCAUCCCGUCCUCACGCAGAGCGGCGCUGUGGAACGGCCGCAGCCCCGCCGACAGGACGCCGUGCCCGGCGGGCGAGGAGCCGCAGGGACCGUUCGUCCCCCACAAGAGGAUGACCAGGAGGAGACGGGUGAACCUGGACUCGUUGGGGGAGAGCUUGAGGAGGCUUACCUCACCCACGACGCAGACUGUUCAGGAGGCUCUUCAGCGAACUCUGCAGUUUUACAGACAACAAGAGAUCAGGUGUCAGGAGGUUGGCAGUGAGGACACACAAAGAGAGAAGAAAGAGGACAACUGUCCCUUUCUAGAAAAUUCUGGUUCAGAAGAAGACAUCCUUCAAAUCCUCCAGUACAUGGCAACUAUAUUAGGAGUACCAUUCUGUGAGCUGCGGGAACACUUUGGAGAGGAGUUCUUUAACGUCUGCUUUGAAGAAAACGUGCGUGUCCUCCGGGCUGUGGGCAGCAAUCUCCAGGACUUCUUCAAUGGCUUUGAUGCCAUUUUGGAGCACAUUCGCACCUCUACCGGACGUCGCGCCUCUUCUGAAAGUCCUUCCUUUCAGUGCAAGGAUCCCCAUGAACAGGAGACAGGGAAACGGAAGUUAGACAAAGCGGGAGAGGUGGGAGAAAGAGAUGGAAGAGGGACGGUGUUGCUUCUUCAUUGCUUCAACCCAGCUCCUGUUGUUGGAUUGGUCAUGCCGGGACUAAUCACAGCUGUUGCCAGGCAGAUUUUUCGUUCAGAAGUUGAGGUGGAAGAGGUGCCACCUCUGACUCCGUUAUUUCCCAGUGACGAUACCGAACACACAGACGAUGACUCCUCAACUCCCACUCCGACUGCAUCCCCAGCUACUUCCCCGUCCUCUUCACCUUCACCUCCGUCUUCUUUCCCAACAUCUGCUCCCACAGUUUGCCUGUCGUUCCAAAUCCAAGAGAUAUCUCCUUCUUCUCUUUCUUCUCUCUCCAAUGCCUCUUCAGUGAGCUCCACUCGAGCUCCUCUUUCACUCUCCACAAACCCCAGUGACCUGUGCAUUGGGCUGGCCACAUUUUGUCGCGCCUUCCCAUUCCACCUUGUCCUAGGGCCUCGCAUGGAGCUUCUGCAGCUUGGAGAAGGCUUGAGGAAGCAGGCUCGCAUUGAGUCUCAUCGGGGUCUCUCAUUUAAGGACUGCUUUGAGAUCAUCUCACCCAGGAUGGAGCCUUCAUUUCAAGGCAUCCUGUUGAGGCUUGCAUCUCCAUUUACAAUCCGGACCAGGCCGGACUCUGCACAGGCUGGUGCAAAGGAGAAGAUCAUGGAGCUGAAGGGUCAGAUGAUACAUGUCCCUGAGUCUUGCUCUGUGAUGUUUCUGGGCUCACCUCGUGUUGAUAAGCUGGAGGAACUGAUGGGCCGAGGUCUACACUUGUCAGAUAUUCCCAUCCACGAUGCCACGCGGGACGUUAUCUUAGUGGGAGAGCAGGCGAAGGCCCAGGAUGGCCUCAAGAAGAGGAUGGAUAAGAUCAAGGCCACAUUGGAGCGGACGCACCAAGCCCUGGAGGAGGAGAAGAGGAGAACCGUGGAUCUCCUUUAUUCCAUAUUUCCCGGCGAUGUGGCGCAGAAGCUGUGGCAGGGUCAGCAUGUGCCCGCUCGUAAGUUUGAUGACGUCACCAUGCUGUUCUCGGACAUCGUUGGCUUUACGGCUGUGUGUGCCCAGUGCACACCUAUGCAGGUCAUCUCCAUGCUGAACGAGCUGUACACUCGCUUCGACUACCAGUGUGGAAUUCUGGACGUAUAUAAGAUUGAGACAAUAGGUGAUGCCUACUGUGUGGCUGGGGGACUUCACAAGAAAGUUGACAGUCAUGCCAAACCAAUUGCACACAUGGCUCUGAAGAUGAUGGAACUUUCUGAGGAGGUGCUGACACCAGAUGGAAAACCUAUCAAGCUAAGAAUAGGUAUCCACACUGGCUCUGUGCUGGCAGGCGUGGUCGGGGUUAAAAUGCCACGUUACUGCCUGUUUGGGAACAAUGUGACGCUGGCCAGCAAGUUUGAAUCUGGGAGCAAACCAAGGUGUAUCAACGUCAGCCCCACAACGUACCUGUUGCUAAAAGACGAUUGUACGUUUUCAUUCUUCCCACGUUCUCGCCUGGACCUCCCAGAGAAUUUUCCCAAAGAGAUUCCCGGAACAUGUUACUUCCUAGAGGCGGGAACCUCUCACAGUCACGCCUCUUUAACCAGCUCCCGCUCUGUGCCCCCAGCUUCUAUGAGAAAAGUCUCAUACAGCAUUGGGACCAUGUUUCUAAGAGAGACAAGUUUGUAAGUCACGUAGAAAGGACAGGACAUGUGGCUAUUCCUUAAGGCUGGAUUGGAACCUGUGGAAUAUGCAGGAAACCUACACACAGAUCAAUAGAUAUGCACAUGCAUGUGGAAGCUUGGAUAUAAACCUGUGCGUUGGAAACAUCAAAAAUGCUUUCUUAUCAAAAAGUGAAAAAGGACAAGAUGCCAUUUGAGCAGUGGAAGAUAAUGUCACGUGGGACAUGAAAACUAUGCUGCAGAGUCUUAUAUGGAAGAAUCUCGAAAAUGUAACCUAAAAAAACAAAGAAAAAACAUGGGAGAUGGACAAACCUGACUAUGAAACCUUAAAACCCAGCUGU